AUGCACGGAGAACCAGCUUCACAAGCUCGAGAUGUCACCAGUUUCAUUUGCGAACCGGGAGGAGGAUCACUACAAAUCCACGGUGCACGUGGCCCCGGAGCCACUUUGGGUGGUCCGGCAAUCUGGGAGGCAUGCUUACAUCAAGUGCUCGUGAGACUAAGCCUUCCAGACCCAGCUAUACGCAAUUGUUUAGUCGCACUACUUACUCGAUUGAUUCUGACAGGUCGUGAAACCGAGUCGACCCAGAUUACCAACCGCACCACUCAUUGGCGUUCUUCAUCUUUGCGUUUCGCUGCACACUUGGUUUUUCCUUCAGUGGUGGCUGCAAUGGAUUCUAUGGACAGACCAAUCAAAGUAAUUUCGCCAUUGACAAAAAAAACUGCUGGAGCCAAUCUGGAACCAUGUCACCAGGAUGCUUAUAACAGAGGCUCUGGAUCCGGUUUCGUGCAAAUAGUGUCCGCAUUACAGGCCGCUGGAUUUGGUAGCCUUGUGAGACAAGUGGAGACUUUUGUUUUGGAGCUACAGCGUCUCACACUACUCUGGGAAGAGCUGUGGCUAGGCUGUUUACUUCAGCACUUGGAUGAGUUAGCAAAAAAGGUUACCUUGCUGGAAACAGAAACCAAACGUUCCAUGCAAUGGAGUAAUUUCGAUCAUCACUCAUCCACCGAGAACACUUUGGCAGAUAAAGAAAACCGUGUAUCCGAAUCUCCAAUGUCGGAAAUCAAACGAAUACCGUCUGAUAAACAAACGGUCGCUAAUUCGAAUUCAAUUCAGGAUGUGUUAUGCGUCAAAUUCGUUGCUGUUGCUCAACCCACCUUAGACCUUAUUUCUCGGCUGUCAUCUCUAACACUGGAUGUUCAACCGGAAACUCCUCACGAAGAAUGGUUCCAGAAGGCUUUUGGCUCGACUAUUCGUCAUCUCAGCGAAACUUUAUCGCAUCCUACAGAAUUGAUGGAUGGAAAGCAUCUGCUCAACUCAGUUCGACAGCUGGUGUAUCAACUUCAAACCGUUCAUCAAUCCGCUUCGAAUGCACCGGUCAACCGAAUAUUUCCACGCCUGACCCAAAUGCAUUUUGGCGACCAAUCUGACUCAACGGAACCUAGUUUUCCCGGUAUUCCUCUCCCCGGCCGACCCGAGUUGGAGUCAGCACACUUAAUCAAUCGGGUAACCAUCUUACCAACGAAAACAAAGCCCAAACGUCUGUUGUUCCGCGCACGUAAUGGACAUACCUAUCCAUAUUUGCUCAAGGGUUUGGAAGAUUUGCGCCUGGAUGAUCGAAUCAUGCGACUGUUUGAACUGAUUAACGUUGCUUUGGCCCAACAGAGGGAUGUGGACCUAAUCCAGCUCAAUCAAAUGUGUGCUCGUACUUACGCCAUUACCCCAUUGGGUGUGAGAGCUGGUUUAUUACAAAUGGUUCAUGGUGCCGUGCCGCUAUUCAGCUUAUAUAAACGAUGGCAAAUUCGUUCAUCUAAGCCCCUUGAUGCUACUGAUGAUCCAGAUUCUUCGCGUGCUGUCGCUGUUCCGCGUCCAGGUGAAUUGUUUCAUGCUCGACUUAAAGAAUCGCUUUUGGCCGCAGGAUUACCAUAUCAACCACAGGCGCGCAACUCGUGGCCAAUCGAGACUUUGCGGCACGUAUUUUUGUCGUUGGAAUCAGAAACACCUAGUGAUCUACUCGCUCGAGAAUUGUGGGCUGCAAACCCUUCUGCAGCAUCCUGGUGGUCAACCAGCCGCACAUUUUGUCGUUCGAUUGGUUUGAUGAGCGUACUUGGUUACAUAGUUGGUCUUGGCGAUCGGCAUCUAGAUAACUUGUUGACUGACUUGACGACUGGUCACCUUAUACACAUAGACUAUAAUGUAUGUUUUGAUAAAGGUCGAAAUUUACGGGUAGCUGAGCGCGUUCCAUUCCGACUAACUCGAAUUCUGCGACAUACUCUCGGUCCUCUGGCUCAAGGUCGACUCGUACGCGGUACAUUCCGUGUUGCCGCGGAGCAGACGCUUACUGUGGCUCGCUCGGUAAUCGAUCCGUUUCUGAUUCAACUGAAGGCCUUCCUGAUCGACCCUCUCGUAGACUGGCAGGACAGAAAACAGUCGAAUUCUACGUCAAGUGUGAUGGUCACAGAUUUCACGCAUCUGAGUGCUUACUACGGUGGUGGAAGUUCAGCCACUCGAUAUCACUUCUGGGCUUCGUGCAUGCGCAAGCAAAGUAGGGUUUCUGCAGAGGCUCGUACCUGUGCGGGUCUACUCGCCACUCGGUUGUACGAUUUGUAUCACUCAACAUCUCUUGUGGACGUCUGCUCUGCUUUGUCAGCUGCCCGGUCUUGUUUCCAGUUUUGGGUCUCUUGGUGUCAGACCGCUCGUGAUCUCUCGGAGGCCGAACAAUGCCAGCAAAUUCUCAUCGGUUGUGCUCCUUCCAAUCUCGAUGCAGCCGAAACUCGUUGCAAGAACUCAGAAGAGGGCUCUGCCCGUGUGAUGCAAUUACGCACUUCGUUGCGCGAGCGCCUAGUGAUAUGGAAUAAUGAAGCCCUACCACUUUGUCGCAUUUUCUCGCGGCUUUCGGAUCCUACAUGGCUCCCUUCCUUGAUGGCUAUGCAGGCGUCUACGAACCUGGAACUUAAUUCGGUAUUAACUCAGUACUUUCUACUGGCUCGCAUCUAUUUGACACAUCCCGGUUUAUUCGCAGAUGAUAACCUUGGUUGGACUCAAGAAUUGCAUGCACUCCAUAAUGUCUUGGAGCAGUUUGUUGAUGGAUCUGAGCAAUUGGAGACAUGUUUAAAUCGAUUUACUCAGUUGAACUACCACAAAAUAUCUCGCAAUCCAAACGGCCAACUCGUGGAACUACUAGAACAUGCCAUUCAUCGCAGUCGAUGUGUAUUAAGUGAAUUGCAGGAUAGCUUACAGGUUAGCAAUGCGCCCGAAGGUGGGACACUUAGUGGCGCAAUUCGGCCGGAAUCGGAUAACCUUCAUCUCUUCGUCUACGAUCAGGGAGUCUUCGGUGUCAGCGCAUAUGUUUGGGCGCUGAUCGAUUAUCUUCCAGGAGUGAUAGGUAAUAUAUUAAGCCUGGAAUCAGAUUUCGACGCAGAGGCCGGUGAGCGGUUCAAUGAAGAUUUAACUCAAGGUGUGUCCGAAACGAAUCCUUUGAACCAGCUAUCACUAUCAGCCGAGUAUCUCACAGUUCUGUUCAGUGUCUUUUAUCAUCAACCUACUGGCACAUUGCAAUUUUCAGCCGGCUUUGAAGCAGACGCACAACGCGAGAUGGCCUUUAUGUACGCUGUUCGAGAUGCAACUUUAUGUAUAUCCCAAUUGCGUACCAAUCUAAUACGUCUUCUAAUUCUACCCGAAACUGAGUCCGCCCUCAUAGAUGCGGCGUCUCCAUCUUCCAACGAUGAUGAAUCCAAUGAUCUCGUCGAACAGUUCACUGAACUAAUGGCUCGCUAUGUUACAGAAUCAGAUCCCGUGGGUCUCAGAGAUCGCGUUAACCACUUCCUUCGUGAAUGUCGAACGACAAUAACUUCUCGAGAUGUGCGUUUGCAUCAGGUAUUGCUUGCAGUUCAUCUCGCACUCACGAACACAACCACUCAAAUGGAAGAAAUUGCAAUGCGAAUUCGCGAACUCACUGUAACAGCACCUGCCUGGUUCUAUGUGGACGUCAUUUCCCAGUCCGUGUCUAAUCUGCUUUCACGUUGUCACAGUUGGCGCAAUGGAGCGACCACUUUGUGGGGUUGGGAGCAAACAGGCGGGGCUGAUAUUGAGCCCAGUUUCCGUUGUUCAUGGGUAGAUGAAGUUUACGCUAUGGGUCUGAUGGCUUUCGUCUCCAUUUUGGAAGAAGGGCGUGCUCAUUGGAAUGCAAUUCGGGGUACUAGUGCUGCACCCACACAAGACCUUGUUCUGAACCCGUGCUCAGAAGCAAUUGAUCGUUUUGUUUCACGCCUAGUUUCACGCACCGGCUUGGCAAGUCUACUAGCGUUUUCUUUUGGUCGUUUGUUCUGUUCCUUGGUUGAAGACACCGGGAUCCAGAUACGCCGACUGGUGAUGGAAAGCGAACAUAAUGCAAAAGUGGCUGGUGUUCACAAUGCUGUACUGCAACUCUCUGCCGAAAAAUUGGCUGAAACCGUAGGUUUGCACUUGGCAGCAGUACAACCAGUGACUGUGCAUCAUUUACGUGGCCCCGCUUCUAAUUUGAUACACCGUCUGGCAAUUCACGCAAACCAGGCCAACGAUUACCUAUUUUCCGCCAUCAAGUUGGAACUUGCUCGAAAACACCACGAUCGCUUGCAGCAGAGUUUGGCUGUGUUAAGGUGGAUUUCACCUACCUCAGACAAACCCCAGAUGUUUAAUGACUUCGAGCAGUUGGUGAACGAAGAAUCGAAUGUGUCCGAAAGCAUCAAGUCGUGCCAAUUACUCACUCCGAAUGUGGACAGUGUCUUAUGUAAUCUGAAGCAGACGAUUGCCAGCAUUGAGGAUAACGCUUCGGGGAUCGCAGAUGUCGAUAAUCCCACUCUUUGUGACGUUGCCAGGGCAAUUUGUUUCGCAGAGGAAAUGCGCAUUUCUGGCAUCGAAUCUUAUUCCGGUUACACUCAAUCCCUGCGCCUUUUAACCGACCUGAAACAGGCUCUCCAAGAAGAAGAGGCAUAUGCACGCAAGUACAGUCUAAAAUGGCCGGCAGCCGGUUGGCUCGAUCAACGUUGUCCGAGUUGUGCAGAUGGAACAGCUAAAAACAAUCGCACAUUACGAGCACAGCUGCAAGCCGAUGUCCGUUCUGCAAAGUCACAAUUCAAUCAAGCUCAAAUGCAAAUCAUGCGUAUCAGGUCAGAACUUUUGGCUCCCUUGGGUCUGAAAGGCGAUAGUGAUUCUCAUCCGACAAAUCCAAAUGAGCAAACAUCCAUCGUAAUGAAUCGACACGGUAACAAACGUCCCAACUGCAAACAUUCUCGUUCCAAUUUGUCAACGUCACCUGGACUAGUUUUAUCUUCGAGCCCGAAUGAUUCCUCAAUGGCAGCGCCGACACGAGCAUCCCCUCUAACCAGCAAACUGCGUUCGGCACUCACAACCCUCCAGUCGCAGCGAUUAUCAGAACUUCGUCAGUUGGUCAAAUUGCUUAACCGUUGCGAAUCCGCUCGAACGCAGCUUGCUGUAGAUGGUGAUUCGGGAAAUGUACAUAUUUGGGCUGGUUGGCUGGACAAGCAUCAAUCGUGGACUAAUCUCGUGCUAUCUACACUGAGACAGCUAAGCAAGUUUUUGACCAAACUUAGUGCAAACUGUCGUUUAGACAGUCAGAGUGUCGGUACCAAUCAAGAGUCAUAUUGUGUAGACGAAUCGAAUGCUUUCAACAAUCUGAGUGAUGAAGCUGAAAUUGCAGAGCGUCUACUUCUUGACUGUUCUUCGAUCCAUGCAAAUCUGUGGUCUGCCCUAUUGGAACCGCUUUUCGAGGCUUUGCAACGCGUGGUAGAACCGGACGAGUCGUUAUCUCAUCUUGUACUCCAGCUGCUUGCCCCAAUCAAAUCACAAAUUCAGAGCUUGUUUACAGUCGAUUCGGAACAAAAUUUGCUUGCUUCUUCGGUCGAACUAGUAAACCAAACUAUCGUGCGUACCGUCGAUCAGAUAUCUUCUAACCGGGAAGAUUUUUGUGAUACGACUCAGGAUGCAAUCAAUGCACAAGCGUUUGAAGUUUGGUGUCGCACCCGCGACCGAUUAAUUGGUCACGAUCCUCUGCUGGAACCUUUUCAAACUUCGGCCAAUACCUCAAACACAGUUGAUAAAAAUAACACCAGUAACGACGAUCGUGAUAUGGACGGUCGUAACAUGUCGGUGCAUCAACAAGUGGACGCCUGUAUUCGCGCAGCAACUGAUAUUGACAACCUCGCAUUAAUGUAUGAGGGUUGGACUGCUUGGGUGUGA